CCCCGCGCCGCCCGAGUGGGAGCCACGCUGGAGGAGGGCCCUGCGCGGCAAGGAGAACAAGGGGUCUGUGGAAAUCAUGAGAAAGGACUUGAAUGAUGCCCGGGACCUACAUGGCCAGGCAGAGUCUGCAGCUGCCGUGUGGAAGGGACAUGUGAUGGACCGUAGGAAGAAGGCCUUGACUGACUACAGGAAGCUGCGGGCCUUCUUUGAGGAGGAGGAGGAACACUUUCUGCAAGAGGCUGGGAAGGAGGAAAGCACCCCAGAAGACGAGCUGGCUGACCCGGCUGAGCGGUUCCGGUCUCUGCUGCAGGCUGUGUUGGAGCUAGAGAAGAAACACCGCAGCCUGGGCCUGAGCAUGCUGCUGCAGUGAAGGCACUGACCUAGCUGGUUCCCCCUGUGCCUGAGGGCAGAAGGGACCAUCCUGCAUAGCUGGCCCGCAGCAGCCCUCAGGGUCCCUUCUGCCACCGUCUCCUGCCACCCUGGAAGGAGCCACUGAAGCAGCACCAUUGCCCGAAGGUCCAGGUCUCAGCUAAGCGUUGUUUUCCCCUUCUCAAGCUAUGUGCCAGGCUCCACCACUGCCCAUGAAGUCUGGUCUAAAGCCCUCCCCAGUGAAUCUCCUCCUUACCUGCCCGCACAGCCUGGCACCUGGUAUGCUGGGCCAUCUUUGUGGUACCCAGGAUGGGCUGGUCAUAGGCUGUUCUUCCCCAGGUGAGGGCACACAGGCUUUGAGGCUGGUGCCAGGGGAGGGUCACAUGGUGGAUGUCACCUAUUCUUUCAGGAAGGGAAGGAAGGAAUGGCAUGCUCUUGGCCUUUCUGAGGGUCUUCCCUUGGGUCCUGCUGUAAUUUAUGCUCAGAGCCCUAGCCCUGGUCUCCACUUAGACCGUCUCUCUUAGCUUGUGCCCCUUGGGUGCUGUCGGUGAUCCCAAAGCAUUCCCAUUCCCUCCUCCCCUUCUCCAGUGGAAGGGACCCUUUUCCCAGGGAGGGGCAGGGGGCGGUUCCCCCUGACAUCUCCAGGCCUACCCUGGGGUAUCACCCUGCUGUGUCCUUGGCUGCUUCUUGUUUCUGGUUUCCUCAGGUAGAUGGGGUUCACCAUAUGCAUGAUGUAGCCAUUGUACCACUCACUGCCUGCAGCAUUGUGUGUAGAUCAGCCCAGAUGACAAAAACCUAGCCUGGAAUGCACAGUCACCAGGCCAGGGACACAGAUGCAAAUUUGAGUUUAGAUUCACUGUAGCAUGUGAUUCAGGGCUUGUUGGGUGCAGAUGGGGCUGUUUUGGGGGAUAGUUCCCAUCCUAAGGAAUCCCUGGGCUCGGAUGUGGUCACUGUAUCCAACCUGCUUCUGUAAGCUGGGCUCUCAGAUCUGAAUAAAGUGGGUUUUCUCCA